ACGGGGCCCUCCUGCGUUUCAUCCAUAUGGAACUGUGAAUGCACUCGGAACCAAUUUCCUAGUCCCCGGUCUCGCCGAUGAAGCCGCAAGCUUGGAGACUAGGCUUCCUGUCUUGUUGACAUCGACGACUCCAUCCUUUGCAUGAGAAUCUCCGGCCGCUUUCCUUCGGCAGCCAAGCCUUAGUACCGAUCACGGCGUCCCCGCUGUUCCUGGUGAGCGAAUCUUUUCAAGCUGGACCAGACAAGCCUAGUUCCCCAUGGCUGCUGGCGAGGCUCUGGCAGUCUUGCAGCGUACAAUCUGGGAUGCUCGACUCCCACUGGAAAUCCGGCUCGCUGCUUCAGAAUCCCGAACUUAUGACACGGGGGAUCCAUACUUGAUUUCCUAUCCUCGACUAGCAUACCUUCCCUCCCUUUUACCAAAGCUUCAUGCCUAUUUCGCCAGCUCUCUCAUCACCGACCCAGACACCGUGUCCCCAUUCACAGGCUACUUUACCUUUGACAAUGUAGCCUUAAAGUGGCACUUGCCUCUAGGCCUCUUGUAUGACGUCUACGUGCUAUCGACACAGGACGCAGGUCAGGCACCCUCUACCACGGCCCUCUUGCCGUUCCGCAUUACACUUCAUUUCACACCAGAUCCAGCAGGAUCUCAGAUCCCUGAUGCAUCACCAGUCGUUCUGCACGACGCUUUCAUCAACGCGGUCAAGGAAGCCGACUUCUUGCGAUCGGGGACUGCUAAACCUAUCAUGAGUCUGGGUGCUCAGGAGAGCAAGGCUCUGUGGACAUCGACUCAAAACAACGACCUAUUCACCUUUUCCAAAAUCCACACGGCAUUACUUCCGCCCCCAGGUCAAACACGAAACAUCCCCAUCCGCGUAUAUCUUCCUUCUUCCCCUGAUCAGGAGCCUACAAAGGCACAGAUCAAGGUGAUCCAGUCACAGGUAGGCCCAACCAUUGCUGCACCUGUGCAGACUUCAGCCACAGCAUUGCGACCUACGAGUGGGGGACAGCCUCAGACGCUGGGCACUGCGUUACACCAGAUGGUACCCAGCAUCUUCCCUUCUAGGAGAACGGCGUUACUGGCGACACCGCUUUUGCAUGGUGUGCCCGUGCCCAUGACGGCCCUGCUGGAUGAACUCUAUCGAUGGGCUUGUUAUGCGGACGGGUGGCUUUCCGUAGUGGUAGCAAUGCGUGCAUAG